GAGAUUUUUAUCUCUUUAUUACUCAUGUUCACUACUGAACUAGUACUGGUAUAUGUACCUCUCUUUCUUCGUCAUCCUCUUUGUUCCCCUAAAAUCUCUCCCCUCCAUUUUCGCCCUUUCACAGGCGCCAUCAGUUCCUCACCCACACAGCCCUUUAGAUCUGUUGUGCAAAAUCGAAAAAAAAAAAUGAAUAGAUGCGGUUAUCAGCAGAAGGCCAUUAUGGGUUGUGUUGGAGUUGGAGAAAUUAGACGGGCAGAUAUCUCUGUCUCUGAUGGUCUUGUUUGCCCCAAACCUCGCCGGAACGGGCUUUUCAACGAACCCAUCAGACCUUCUCGAUUUCUGCAAAUCAAUAAUCAGCAAAUGAAUGAUUAUGAUUUGAAAGCCGGAACUGAACUUCUGGAUAUCAUCCUCACCAAGGGGAGCUAUGAUGUAGAGAUGACCAAUUUUGAGAUGGAUUCAUCACCACCAUUCUUUUUUGGGUCUCCGCCCAGCAGGGUUUCGAAUCCCCUGAUUCAGGAUGCCCAAUUCGGCAACGACAAUUUUGUUCCUAUACUAGCAAUUCCAGAAGGAGCACCUUCACCACCACCCUCCUUUACUCCGACUUGUGGUCGUAACAAUGGAGGCGGCUGUGUUCCAGUGAAGUUUGGGAUUAAGCCAGCUGCUGUGAGGAUUGAAGGCUUCAACUGCUGCAGCAGCAUCUCUGCUGUAGCUUAGGUAAAUCAUGUUGCAGAGAUGAUAAUGAUAACAACUACAACAAAGAAAAAGAUAUUAAAAAGUGAAGUUUUUGGGGAGAGAUGAGUAACCAAAACAAAUUCGUUUUAGUCUUGUAUAUAUAGAGUGAAAGAAAGAGGGUCACCAUGAGUUGUGUACGAUAUCCUGUCAUUCAAAUCUUGUUUGUGAAUAUGUUUAUGAGGUGAUGAAUGAGUGUUAAGUUGAGAUCGUAAAAACAAUAAACGGAGAAACCCAAAGAGUAGAGAGAGGCCAAAAAAUUGCCCGCUUCCUAUUGGGAUUGUUAGUUUUUUCUUUUAAGCAUUAGGCUUAAGUUAUGUAAUGAGUAUCUACUGUAGUGUGAGAGACUCUUAAGAGGCUUCGUCUUUGUGACUGAAAAGUUUGUCGCUCUUGUCCUUCAUUGUAAUUGUAAUUCAAAGGAGAGGAGAAGAUGAUCGUCUUUUGACAAAUUCUUUUCAUCUUGUAUUUAUUCUACUAAUUGUGCUAAUUUAUUUUUCCCUGUGCUACUGAUUUGUUUAUAAUUUCUGCUGUAUCGUUGCAAGGAAGAACGUGUAAUGAACUUUUUUCUGUCAAGCUAUGUUUAUCAACGCUGUAGUUAUAGAUUUUUUUUACACAUAUCUUUAUGAAAGGUGCAUUUAAUUGCAUUAUUAUCGGCACUACUAUGUUUAUGUGAUUCUGCUCAAGGAAUUUAAACUUAUCAUAUAGCUAUCACUGACUUGAGCCGUGACAUUCCCAGGUUAGUGAUCUUCUUUAUUUAGCUCAGAUAACACUUGUUUAUAUUAAAUUGAUGUUCUUUUGAUUAAAAAGUCUGUUGUUUUGAGGAAUGAAUGUAAAAUAUUAGUUUCAGUUGAACCCAUUUUCAUACCAUAGGAAGCAAAAUUGUGUAGUCCUGGAAUAGUAAAGAAAUGGGUCUUCGUAUGUUCAUUUUCAGCAGUUAUGUAAAUCACACCGGCUCUCUCUCUUAAUAAGAUAAAUCAAAACUCAAUACUUAAUACUUUUUGAUGAUAGAGUCGUCUAAAAAUAUAAAAGAAUAGUCAGGUCCAAAGAGACCAAAGAAGAGGGCUUAACUGAAGAGACAGAAUUUCAAAUUGUUUCCAUUAUAAGUGCAAGUAUGACCAGAAACCUUUAUCAGUUUGUAGUUAUUCUUUCUCUGAUUGCAUUAUUAGAUAAGUUAGUUAAUAGUGGUGAAGGAGAGAUAUCCUUUUUAAUUAGAUGCAGAACAUGUUUAAACAAUUAAAACAUCUGAAUAGGCGACCUUUUAAAUUAUGCAGCUGUGCACGUUCCUAGGGGCCGUUACAAUAUGUACCUCUCAAUCAAUGGGAUGCGAUAAAUGUAAAAGAUUUUAUGUCCCGCAACUUGAAACUUCUCAAGGACUUCAUAUUCAUUUCCCCCCUCUAGUGUCCUCUUUCCCUGCUUUUGAGUUUGUUUAUCCAAAAAUUGUUUUGCUAGAUUGGUUAUUGAAUAUUAAGUGAAUUGAGCUUUGCACUUGGUUUGUUCUGUCACAUUUUAAAUUCAUGCAGCUUAAAGAUCGGUCACUCAGAUUUUCUAAGAUAAUGCAUCAUGCCAAUUGACCCAAUGUCUUGGAUAUAUUGGAGGCAAUGUAUGGUCCUUGGAGUUGUUAAGCCAUCUAUUGUGGAUCCAGCUGAUAUCAAGGGUGUCGUUGGUGCUAAAUUUGUGCAGUCCCAUUGUGGGCACUUUAUGUGGCUCCUCAGCCUCCUGUUGACUUAGUGCAGAAUUUCAGGUCCAAAGUUUAUAUAGCUGAAUCAUUGAACUUGAGAUGCUGGGGCAUUAUUUACAUAUGAUACAAUGAACUUCUACAAUCUGGAGUUGAAAAAUACUAAUGUGGUUCAUCUCUCAACAUAUGAGGACUUCAUCGAGAAGAAUGAUAUGGUUUUCGUACCAGAUGACUAGGAAAGUUGCUCCAAGCAAAGCAUUGCUUUUACAAUCGAGAAAUAUCCGAGUAGUUACUCAGUUGAUGAUGGACUCUCUUCUACCUUCUUCACUUAAACACCAAGCUCUUUGUCUUCGAAUGGCUCCAACCAAAUGCAUUUCAAGUUUACAAUGAAAGAUCAGCUGGGAGAAUAGUCAUGCUGUUUAGGCUAGCACUGUUGUUUGGCUUUUCCUUUUGUGUUGUUCGUAAAGAUUUGGUAAUUGCUAGCACUGUUGUUUGGCUUUUCAACCAAUUGCUUUAUAUUUGUAAAGAUUUGGUAGCUGGAAAUUGAUUUCAAGCCAUCUCUACUUGAAACUCAACACGCUUUGGUUUAAAUCCAACUAUUUGGGCUGGUCGGAUAGAA